AUGCUUUUGAUGGGCCAGAUUGAUCCCCACACUGUUGCAGGGCUGCUUCUGGAAAACAUACUUGAUCGAUCCAGGAUGGCCCCAAAGACUCCCAUUAAGAAUGAUCCAGUUGACUUAUCAAAGCAGAAGGGCUGCACCCCGGACAGAAACCCAAUGACACCUGUUAAGCUCAUUGACAGACCUCAGGCUGACCCUUGGACCCCCACUGCUAACCUGAAGAUGCUCAUUAGUGCUGCUAGCCCAGACAUGAGGGACAGGGAAAAGAAGAAAGAGCUCUUUAGGCCUAUAGAAAACAGUGAGCAGAAUGACAUACCUGACUCAUUACAGGAUGAUAUGGUAGAUGAUGGCACGGUUGAUGAAUUUGAAAAACAAAGGCCCAGCAGAAAACAGAAAAGCUUAGGACUCUUGUGCCAGAAGUUUCUAGCUCGCUAUCCAAGUUAUCCAUUGUCAACAGAAAAAACUACAAUUUCUUUGGAUGAAGUGGCUUCAAUUCUUGGAGUCGGGAGGAGACGAAUUUAUGAUAUAGUGAAUGUGCUGGAGUCGUUGCACUUGGUUAGCCGUGUGGCCAAGAACCAGUACUGUUGGCACGGGCGGCACAACCUAAGUCAGACUCUGAAAACGCUUCAGGAAGCGGGGGAGCUGCAGUAUGGAGAGCUAGUGACCUCCCAGUACAAGGAACAGGACACAGAGUACAAAUCUGGAGAGCAGAAAAAGGAAACAGUGCCAGACUCACAAGACAGACCAUUACUUGACUUUGCAGAACCAGAUUGCACGUCCGCAUCUGCAAACAGCAGAAAGGACAAGUCCUUGCGGAUUAUGAGCCAAAAGUUUGUCAUGCUGUUCCUUGUCUCCAAGACCAAGAUAGUCACUCUGGAUAUCGCAGCGAAGAUAUUGAUAGAAGAAAACCAGGAUACGGUGGACUACAGCAAGUUUAAAACAAAGGUACGAAGGCUGUAUGAUAUUGCCAAUGUUCUUACCAGCCUAUGCUUGAUAAAGAAAGUUCAUGUCACAGAGGAACGAGGCCGCAAGCCAGCUUUCAAAUGGAUUGGGCCUGUGGACUUCCCUGGCAAGACUGAUGAGCCAAGAGGGCACUGCCCAACAUCUGGUCCUCCAGCAGAGGCACGAAGAGGAGCCCGUGCCCCAUAUCAGAUCUGUGUUACUGGAAAGCAGAGGUUCACACGUCAUGCUUCAUUUAAUGAUGCACAGCCCUGUGAAGGUACCAAAAGGAAAGUCAGCUCUGAGCCCAGCAGCCCAAAUCGAGAGAGACAAGCUUGCAUUGUGAAUUCAGAUGAAUAUUGCUCAAAAACGAUAAAUCUAGCAUCUGUCUGCAGGCAGAAGAUAGAGGAAGAUACUAGGAGCAAAGCUUGUGCCACAGAAGGAGUACUCAAUGCAGCAAGGAACCCAAGUGUAACCUCACCUCUCUCCCUUCUUCCAGUUCCUGGGGACUCUGAUUUUUGUGCUAACCCUUUAUCUCAGGCAGUUUUCCCUGUGGUCCAGGCAGAUAUGCCAAGCCUUUUGCUGCCAAAAGGGGUCAGCAGCCAAGCUCUGCAUCCUUCCAGUGCAGCAGCCUCCAAGACAGAGAAUGGAAAACCUCACUUACUCCCCAGCCAACCCUUCCUGUGUUUCCCCUCAUCAUUUUUUAUGCUGUGUGGUGGACUUCAGGAGAAUCUCACAAGGGAGAGUGGGAGCACAGAGGAGAAGGUCUUGCCCCCAGAAGCUCAGGAUGCUGUACCUCCAGCUAAUUGCCAGAAACGCAGCUCCCACAGGUGCACAUCACCCUCUGCUCCUACUGAUGAUGAAGAACCAGCUGCUAAAAAGCAGACUGUCGAACAGAGUGAUGUCCCUAUCUCACUUGUAGUACCCAAGAAGCCUGUUGAGUUGCCUAAGGCAGACACUGCUCCAGGAAGUGGCUGUGCAUCUGCUGUACAUCUAGAAGCUUUUCAUCUUGACCUCUCAAGUCCUGCUGCUCCAGAGACUGCAGACGAAAAGUCUACUAAGCCUUUGGAUUCUCAGGAGCAAGAAAAAUGGUCUCAGAAUAAAGAGCCUGAUGAACCUUCUCCAGGAAAAGAUCACAUCUCUAAAGAAAACACCAAUCAGCCUUUUGUACCGCAGUAUCUUUAUGUUCAGCCUGCUGCUGGACUAAGCAGUUUUAAUUUCCUGUUCUCUGCAAACCAAGCUCCCAGUGCCAUCGGGCUGGCUGCAAGCCAGUUACCUUCUCUGAGUGUCCCCUGUGUCAUGGUACCAUCAGCAGCCUUGGCUUCCUUUCCUCUCGUCUGUUCACCUGCAAUUCCCAGCCGUCUUUCUCCAGUUCCUAAUGGCUCCUCAGCUGCUGCCUCCAUGAAUAUCAGCAUGCCUGGCCUGGCAUCGACAGCGCCUGUUUUCAUAGGCACCACGGCAGUGGUUACUCCAAAUGCCUCACCCUCACCAGCAGUGGAUCCCCAGCAAACUGCUCACCCUGCUGCACAUCCGAGACCUGUGCUCACGAGGUCCUGCAGUGCUGUUAAAUUGGAUUCCCCUGUGUGUGUGGGGCAUCCAGUGACCCUUCUGAAACUGCAGCAGCCUUCAUCGACUCCUGUCACUCCCAAGAGCGUUCGUCCUGCACGUCACGAGGCAUUCUUCAAAACUCCUGGAAGUCUUGGAGAUCCUAGUGCAUGGAAAAAAAGUGAAGGCAACCAGACCAGAAAUGCCAGCUCUGUGCAGAGAAGACUAGAAAUCUCUAGUACCAGCACUGACUAAGUCCAUGCAUUGCAAAGGUUGGGCAGAUUGUCCUAGGACACAGUAUUUGUUACAAGAGGUCAAGCGCUCUUAAUCUGAAAAGAAGAGCGUGUUGACAUGUCAUCCCUUUUGGCAUGCUUCCCCACUAUCCAUUCACCCACCAGUUCUGUUAACCUUCUCCACAAAUCAGACUUGGUAGUGAAAACCUUUUACUUAAUUGUUCCUUCAGUACUGAUCUGAAUUCAGAUGCUGUAGUUCACAUAACCUUGUGGGCAUCAAAUUUUAUUUGUGGUUUUAAUCUGGAAAACUCUUUAUCAAUCUGAGGUGAUGUAAAGAGAUUUCAUUGGAGUCCCCACGGGUUCUUUGCUCGUGGUUUUAAGUGAGACAUCUAGCACUUAUCUGGGGGUAAGCAAUUUUUUAACAUGUCUGCUUACCCUGAGUAAAUCUGUGGUGAAAUUGAUGAGCUAAAACAUUAUGCCAAACCCUGUCGCCGCAGUACAGCCUCUUGCUAUUUAUUUGGUACAUUACAGUGGGAGCUUCAGAGUAACAGAUUUUCUCAGGGUGGGAUUACUUGAAUGUCAGUCAGUUGUUGUACAAUUUGCCCAGCACUUGUGGUUAGGAAAACAAAUAACACCAUAUGAUUGAAUGUAUACAUUUGAAAAAUAUUAAGACCAAAAUAACUGUGAAUUAACAUUUUUAUAGUUAUGUCAAUGAACUGCGUUGUUCCUUGGGUUUCUUUCUCCUAAUCUGAGCAAAAGGUACAAAGGUAGAUGUGAAGAAUACAAAACCUGACUCUUGGAAAAAAAAAAGUUUGACAAAGUCAUUUGAGAGUGUCAAGUCACUGGGAGAACUGUGCUAAGAUUUCCUUUCCAUGCGAUAUGUGUUCUGGACUUUAUGACUAAGGGACACUGGUAAGUCAGUAAUCACACUAUGAGAUUCACUUUAACCUGAGUCUCCUUAAGUGCCUUCUUAGAGGUUUACUUCAAUCUGUACCCCUUAAGUAGAUUUUAAGUGCCUAUCUGUUCAUCUGUGGGAAUUUUGUAACUAGUUAAUAGUGUUUGAAUGUACUUGGAAGAUGAGGGAGAUUUUAUCUUUUGGCACAUAUCUGUUGAAACCACAAAAGAAGCUAAAAAAGAAUGGGAGUCAAAUUUUGGAAGUAAAAAAUUAUUUGUGUUCCUUAUGAGAAGAUAAGGAGAAGAAAAGGGCGUGUGUAACACUUAACAUUCAGGGUCUUCAAAUAACGAAUGGUGCUAUUAAUAAUAUAGGACAUAAUUUUAAGGGUUAAUACUCUUAUGGUUGGGUAUGUUCUUUACUGGUAUAGCAAUCUGCCAUGAAACUUGUGCAGCUUCCUUUUUAAAAGACAGAAUGCAUUGCUGUUGACAUCAUGUUACUCUGGAUUUUUAGCAAACAUAGGGCCAACAUCAUCAGCUCCUCCCUCACGAGUAGUAACUUUGCUUUGAUUGGUACUGGUGUUUGGGGGUAGAUAGGCUGAUGUGCUACUUGGUCAAGGGAGGCUAGGAUUUUAUGUGGGAGUUUGGAAUUUGAUGAGGAUUUUUAUUUUUAUAAUGAAAUGUAUAUGAAUUUAAGAAAAAACUUUGCCAAAACUGGGAAUUGAGUUAAUGUGACUUUAUCUUAGAAUAAACAAAUAACAGCCUUAUCAGGAGAGCUGGUUAGCCCUCAUUGAAGGGAAAUCUCUACAGUGGAAUUAUCGUAGGAAUUUUCAGGGAUUAUAAGAAGAAAUCUUCAGAUUGCUAAAUUUAAAGUUGUUUUUUCUGGUGUUUGUUUUUUUUUUUAAUCACACUACAAUUGUGAAAGUUUACAGUUUUUGCUUCUGAAUUAUUUCUUCUUAUACACCCACUUAUAUUUAUUUCAUUUUGAAAAGUUUUGAAAUAGGCACGGUGCUGCCACUGUACUUGUGCUAACCUACAGUUGUUACUUUUGUGGCUGGAAAGAGGCUGCAGUGAUUCUGGUGGACAUCGUGGAUGUCUAUUUCCUUGUCUUUUCCUCUCAAGUGUGGUGCAGCCUUUGAAUGAAAUAGCAGCUGGCAGCAGAAGAGAGUGUUGGGGUCAAGUAUUGACCCUAGCUGAAGCAUGAUCAUGAUAUUCACCUUGUGUUGUAGUCUGUGUCAUAGCAUACUUGAAAAUGCAGGGAUUGAAAAUGUAUCUUCUGUUUCCAAUUUCUGCUUCUACUUUUGAGUUCCUGUAAAUACAGCAGGCCUGGAAAUGAGGAUCAACUCCCUCACAAUCAAAACUGAUGGGUUGCAGUUGUGAAAGCAAAUUUGGGACUGGGAACAGAAGGGUGUUUAAGUGCCGUUCUGGUUUUGUCAUUGCAAAAUUAUCACUGGAGUAGGUGCAGGGAUGGAUAGAAAAGCAGCACCGGGGCAUUUGGGUGACACUGGGGACAGUGCUGCUUGCAACUGACUGGCAAGGCAGAAGGGUGGGCUGUCAGGAGGGAAUGAGUUUAUUUUCUAUCUUUGCCUUUGCUGAAAGCAAAAUAGUAAAUUAAACUAGUAACAAUUCACCAGCAAAGUAGCUUUGGAAAAGCGGAAUUUGUACUCACACUGAGGAAAAGUGCAUACCUAUGAUGUUUUGCAGGGUUUGUAAAACCUUUCUGUUCCAAAACAGUUGUUAGGGAGGGUGAGUGUGUAACUUAUACUUGAAUCUACCUGCCACGUUUACAUUUCUGAUUAUCUUUUGUAAAUUGGUGCUAUUUCUGUAUUUAAAAAGCGGUAUUUUUAAUGUAAAGCUGCUUUCAGUUUGUAUCUUUGCACUGCUAGUUUAAUAUAGAUAUUAAUUUUAUUGCUGCCUAUAACUGUCCUGCUUUUCCUGCUCUGUAGCAAUCUUUUUAGCUGUUUGCUUAUAGCUUUACUCCAAUCACAAUGUUGGGAUGAUUAUCUUUUAAUCCUAUCUCUUAGCAAAAUAUUAAACUUUUACAGAAUAAAAGUGGAACAAAAAACAAGUGUGAGGCUGUGAUGUCAGUAUGGAGAGCGUUCUUUAAAAUAAAUAACCAUCCACCAUGCA